AUGAAACGCCUCCUGCUUCUGCUCGUUCUCUUGCUGGGGACAGUUUCUCCUUUUCAUCUGAAGAUUGAUGGCCCCAAGCAGGAAAGCCUAGAGACAGUCACUGACCUGAGCCAGGAUCUGGAAGGCUCAGGGGAGCAGGAUGGAGAGCUGGCCCUCACUGAGCAGGGGAUUCCAUCUGAGGGAGAGGAGUGCGAGACUGACGGGUCUGAAGAUUCUCUUGAAGAUGAGGAGACCACGGAGUCAGACCCAGCUGCCUUAGAGAAUUUUCAGUGUCCCAAAGAAGAGGAGACAGUUCUGUUGCCAGGCAACCCUGGGUGCAGGCCCUUCAGGGCCCUGUUGGUGCACAGCCCCCAGACAUUUCAGUAUGCUCAGAUUGUUUGCCAGAGGUGCUACCGAGGCAACCUCAUCUCCAUCCAUAACCGCAACCUCAACGUUUAUGUUCAGUAUAUAAUCAGUAGGAUGAACUUUUCCCAUGUGUGGAUUGGAGGCAUGUGGGUAAACCGAUGUCUCAGGUUUCGCUGGGCUGACGGAAGUUGCUGGAAUUAUGUACAUUGGGGCCCGGGGCAACCUUCGAAUACAUGUGGCCACUGUGUGAGCCUGUGCAGGAAUGGGGGCUGGUGGCAAGUAAUUUCCUGCAUGUAUCGUCUGCCUUUCAUCUGCUCCUACUGA